AUGUUCCGCUCUAUCUCUAUUAACCUCAAAUCUACCGGCGUGUUUGUCGGGGUUUGCCCGUAUCCCACGAACGACGUCGCAUCUUUUGCCACGAACUCUGACCCACCGCCCCCAACCGGUGUGAGGUUUGAGUAUUCGCAGGAACUCGAGAACGGACUUGGAUACCGUAAGUAUAUCAUCGUCGAGCCCCCUCCUGGUUCCAAUUCAUCCGCUGAAGGCGUUGACUUUUGGGCAUACCACCUAAAGAAGAGCGUGUUUGAGGAGGCCGCAAGGCUGGGAGGAAUGGGGGGUAAACUGGAGUGGCGGGAGUGCGAGUUUCUGGAAGAGGAAUGGAAGUUGGCAUUAGGUAUGGGCAAAAACGAAGAGGGAUGGCGAAAUCUGUGUAAUAAUCCGCAAAUGAGCGUGUUGGUCCUGUGGAAGGAAUAA